GUUCGGUUAUCUCAAAACUUCCACAGCUGGUUAUUAGUCAAACCGUUCUUCUUACAAAUCGAAGCUGGAAGCCUGGAACUAGCCACUGCGAUCGGAGAAGAAAAAGCUCGAGAGACGCCAUGGAAAUUUCCCAAGCUCGUUCAAGCUUCGUUUGUCUUCUUCUUCUGUUACUCUCCAUGUGUUUCGUUCCCUGCGUCUUUUCCAAAUCUCCUCGUCCUAUCUCCGAUGUGGAGAUCAGGCAGAAGAAGAGCGAAUGCUACGGUGAUAUAGAGAGUGGGUUAUGGGGUUGGCAAUGCAAAUCUUCUGCAAUAGCGAAAGAGAAUUGUGCGCUGCGAUGCCUUUCUCCGGUUUGCUAUCAACUCAUUUAUGAGAGUGAUCCGCUUGAAGAAGGUGAAAAAGAUUUGAUUAGGAGCCAAGAGUACAAGUAUUGUAUGUACAAGUCAUCACUCGGGGAAAGCUUAGAGGGUGUUCGAGGCAUCUUUUGAUGGUAUCAAAUAAGACUUUCUCAGUGAAGACAUUUGCCAAAAUCUGAGCUAAGCUCUUGAAUUUCUGAUCAGUAGUAUUCUGCUCUGUCGCGUUUGAAGCCAUGUAAGGCUUCUUUUAUUAUAAACCUCAAUUUUUGGGUUAAUGGUUGUUUAUAUGAAACGUUUACGUUUAUGAUUGGCAAAUCCACUGAAUCUUGAAACCAUUGUACAAAUCAGUCUUAAUACGCACAGAUUGGUCCCAGUUCUCUUGUCAUGAAUAGGAGUCCAUAUUAUUGUUGGAGUCUUCCCAAUACAAUUUGACCUAUAUAUACAUGCACGCAGCAUAAUUACACGAUAUGGGGGAGCCACAUAAAUCUGGAUCUUGAUAACAAAUUUGAAUCAUUCAUACUUGGAAUGGUUUCUAUAUCUUGUGUGUUCAAGUCACUGUUCCGAUGCUUAUUCCAAAGAGGACUUGCUUUGAAAACUCUGUUUGCUGGGAGUCUUUUGUAGCUGUAGAGCCAAAUCAUAGCUAGACUAGUCAAAGUUUCGUCUCUGUUAAUCUUAA